AUGUUUUUGCUUUCCUGGAUGACACUAGUGGAGAGAGACCCGACAACAAUAGCCUAUCUACUUCCUCGACCCCGAGAUGGUUAUGUUCAAGUCGGAUCAGAGAUCACGUGCUAUGCGGAUGGUCAUCCGCCUCCAAUGCUUUCCCUGCGACUGGCUCAACCACUUCGCCCACCAAAACCGCUCACCGAAGAGGAGCUGGAAGCGUUGCGACAGGUUGGAAGACUGCCGAAAACACAGGAGGAUGAUCCGGUGAGCCGCGAGAUUCUCCUAUCCAGCUCUGGUAUCAAUGUGAUCCCGGAACAAUUGGCGAAAAGCUCCAGACCAGUUAGUGCGGAUGAAGACCCCGCUCUGGCAUCCUCUGCAACAUUGCAACAGUUGCCUCACGAGACCCGGGGUUGGUUUACUGGCUCACAGAAAGAACCUUUUGAGGAGGCCAGACGUAUUCCAGGACUAGGCCUGUCGACAGUCGAGCGCCAUCGUCUCCUUGGCCUCCAUCCAAAUGAAUACAGUAUCCAGGGUGCAACAUUUCGUCUCGCUCCAAAUGCCACACCAGGUAUUGAACUUUCCCUCACCUGUACGGCACGUAACGUGCUACCAGGAGACACAACGUUCUUGGGCAUGAAUGGCACAGUGACCCGAACAAGAUUCGUCGUAUCGGCUGUAUCCUAUACCAGCUUGGCCAUCUCAUUGGGCGUGUGUGCGUGCGUGUUGUUGAUCUUGCUCGUCAUUAUUGCUGCGAUGCUUUUGCAAAGACGAAGACAACCUCAAUCGGACACGGAUCGAUUAGCAGCCAAUGGAACGAAGAAAGCGCGUGCUCAACCCAGGCCUCUGUACACGAAAGCGGUCGCAUCAAUCAAUUGGCGUUCGAUUAUCCCUUUGCUGGAGCAGUACACACACACACACACCUUGUUCCCCACCUGCUCAGCUGCUGUUCACACAUCUGACAAUCUGUCUCCCCACGAUUAUCAGUGGCAGUAUGUCUCUGCUCCAACUCAUGGUCAACAGAUGGCCAGACCGGGAGCAGCGCCCACUAGUCGACUGGUUGACCAACCGUCAACACAGAUGUUGACUAGCCUGAACGCUGCAUCCUCUGGACAAGUCCCGCUCAUUCCCAACAACAGCUAUGUUAACGACCCGAAUUACCACUACGACGCAGUCUAUAGUUCAUCCCAUCAUAUGGUGGAUACGGCGCCUCGGUCUAGCUCACUGCCUCAACCAGACGCGUCGGAGCUACAGUACGUCGAGCUCGCAUUCGACCAAAAUCGUCCGACUCAUCACCAUACAUCCGGCAGACCUGGUACAUCCUCACUCCGCGGUGGUCCUACUUACGCAUCCAUGACUCUGUUUGGCACCAGUCCACGAAGGACUCAACCAACGCGCACAUACGGAGCUUCAGUUCCUCAAGGGUUGAAUGUUUCAGGUGAUGGGCAUCACCCAGCCGUGGAUCCUAGGGCUGGCGCUGCGCAUGGUGACGAAACCUCUUCGCACUACACAGAAAUUGUGGGCUUCAUGCAACCAAAGGCGUAUUCAUCGCAACUGGUGCUACAACAACAGCAAGAAGCCACACAAGCGCUUUUGGGAAUGCAUCAAAACAAACCCCGAAUCUUUGUUUGAGUCCAGUAACAGUUUAUCGUCUAGCCAGUCCAUGAUGAGUCUCGAGAACUUUGAAAUCUGUUCUCACUGUCCACUGGUUGAGUCAUGGCAAACAAGUCUCUCUCUAUUUUGUAACGCUGUAGUCUGUGAUGUCUAAUCUCUAGCUAGUCUUCAUCCUGACCUAUUUAUCAUCCAUGGCAACGACCCGUCGCCAAAUACCAGAGGCACCGAUCCUCAUCAUCCGAAACUUUGGUAAUCUCUCCUUUCCAGUGUUGUUGCUGUUGUCGUCUACUUUCACAGUGGCUUGCUUUUUCCUCGUCACGUGACUCAUAUCGCUACUCGUUGUUAACCUUCAUCCUGACCCACUGAUUUUACCGAUCUGUACAGACAGUCAUGGUUGAAUAAUUCACUGAUUUUUGCGUGAGAAAUGACUCCUCGCGUUUGCGUUUAGACAUGCAUGACAAUGUACACAUACACAAACAAGGGUGCAAUUUUUUUCGGUACCGGUUUGUCAAUCAAAUCAAUGCGGUUUAUUAGUUGGAAGAACGUAAUCAUUCGCAUUUACCAUUCACCUGCCAAACCACCGGAGAUGAGGGAUUGUCCCUCUCAACCCAAUGUAUGCAAACUUCUCGUCAUCCAGAUCAUUCAUUCAUUCUUUGAGCGACCAUCUCUUACUUAUUUCCCCUGGUAUAUCUGUUGGAUAACUCCACAACUUUUGUACUUUUUAUUUUCUUUUGUCCGCUUGUGUAAACGAUCAUAAACAACUGUUUAGUCAACGUAAUUAAAAGAUAGAAU